CUGUGCAGCCCCCCACCUCUGGAAGCAGGAUUUCAAUUACAUGGCUGAGUGGUGCCUUUCUAGCCCAACAAAAGGUAGAUCCGGCUGGUUGGGAUGGAAACAGAGUCAGGGGGUGAGACAGAGGGGACAACAGACACACCCACACACUCACAAAGCCAAACAUAACCAUGUGAAUAUUCACACAAACACAAGGAGGUUUGUGCAUCACCCCUCAGGAUCAUGAUGCCUCAUGGAUGUUCUCUCACUUAGAUUAUCAAAGUAAUCCUCCAGAGUCAGGUUGACCACAGAUGUUUUACACCAUGUCAGCGGUGACCAAUCAGCCUCUUCCCUUUGGUGGACUGGAACGAGAGAAGCACAUCCAGAUGAUCUUCAGGGCUUUCCAGGACCGCUGUGGGCCCUUGUGUGAGUGCCAAACUCGCUCACCUGGACCCAAACGCCACUCUCCAGACUCUGGUGAACAGUUGUCCGGUCCGGCUCCCGGGAGGAAGAUGGAGAACUGCUACACGCAGUCACCAGGAAAAGUGAGCAGACCGGGGAUGGAGGAGCAGCGGCCUGGAGGUGCAGCAGGAUCCCACUUUAUGUCGGUGCUGGAAACAGUCAGUCAGAUACACAUCACUGCCAGACCAGAGCUGCAAGGUCCACAGUGUGUUCCCAGGAGGAUUUACAGCAUCACCACAAGAAGCAGGUCCCAGUUAUUUGUGGCUAUGGAAGAGAGUUCUUGUGUGUGCCUGCAGUGUUGCGGUCCAGCCCGGGCCUGUUCCUUGCAGGGUUUCGAUUGUCAGGGCCGGCAGGUCUUUUAUUUGGAAAGGCCCCUUAGGGUGGACGCCUGCUGCCUCGGCUGCUGCCUGAUGGAGAUCAGGGCCUACACACCUCAAAAACAUCUCGUUGGCACCGUAUGUCAGAGGUGGAGCAUGUUCACCCCUCUCCUGGAAGUGUGUGAUUCAGAAGGAGCCUUGACCUUCCGGAUCCAGGGCUCCUGCUGUCCAUACCGCUGCUUGUCCAACCAGCAGCUCCAGAUUGUCUCUAACAUUGGCGAGAAGAUUGGAACAAUAUGGAAGAAAUGGCCUGGCUUCAACGACGAACACAACAUGGACCAUGAAUACUUUGGCUUGGAGGUGCCGCUGAACAUGGAAUCACACAAUAAACUGCUGCUGCUGGCAGCCACUUUCUUGUUGAAUUACAUGUUCUUUGAAAUGAGCUGACUAAUGGAAAGGAUCACUCAAGACGUUGGAAGUGGGCUGCGACUAGUGUGGAACACCAGCCGAGUCGCUUCAUGGUACAAGACACUGCCUCGUUUAAUUUCAUUUGAAAUAUAACAGUUAAUGACACUGUACAAGCUUUAGCAGCAGCUGCAUAUUUGACAUUUAUUGCUAUAAUUCAUCAGGUGUACAUCCAGCAGUGUUUGACACACACACACACACACACACACCUGUACCCAUCAUCACACCACCAAUUACGGGUAGCAUUACACUAUAGGCGCUUUCUUGACAUGGUUCCGAAAAAUGCUCCCGAGGAAUUGAUUAAAAAAAAAAACUGUAACGGACCCUGACCCUGGGCCCAGAUUCAUUUGUUUCUUUUACUACAAAAUGGAAAAGGGAGUGAAGGUCAGCGUUUCGGGACUCCUAUACACCUUUGAGGACAUUAAAGCAGUGCCCAUGCCUUGGAUUCUUUCAAGGUGGGAUAAACACAAAACGGGGAAAAAACUGGUUUUGGGGUUGGGCUCGAGGCCAGGCACAGUGAUUCAGGCAGCGUGGCAGUCCAUUAUUACGAUGCCGGUUCUACAACCUGCCCAGCACAGGACGGUCCUCAUCCUUUGGGAUUCCACCUCCAGCUCCCAGAUAGAGAAUCAUUGCUGAUUCAGUUAAGUGAUCUUUUUAAGUAGACUGUAUUUACAAAUAUAUCGUACACAAUAAUAAUAGCUAUCGUUCUAGUUUGAAAUGACCAGAGGAAUUUUAGUUAUGAUUCAGCACUGUAAUAAAAUAACAUCUACCUGCAACCCUGUUUGAGUCCCAAUAAAACUGAUUAAUACGGAUUCAUUUUAAAGAGCAGGAUGUGUGAUGUUCAGCAAAGCAACGCGAGCUGAUCUAGUUUUUAUAACAGAUUGGUUUUGUUGUAUUUUGUCAAGUACACUUUGUUAACAGCUAAUGACCAGAUCCGCAAACACUAGUCCCAGGGCCUCGCUCUGGUGGCAAGUUAACAGAUGUUAGAACUCGCAUGAAUAAAAA